CUUAAACACCGACAACCAUGGCGGAUGAGCUGCAGUCAUCGGAAGAGCUUGCGUUUGUCGCUGAAGAGGUAGAUCGCAUCAUCCUCACGUCCAUCGAGAGCUGCCUGAAGGACGAAGUCUACGACGAGCUGAAGGUUUCACAGUGGGUCGACUACAUCUGCGAGUCCAUCAUGAAAGGGCUGAGUGAACUACGGAAACCGCUCAAGUACAUUGUGAGCUGCCUCAUCAUGCAGAAGAACGGUGCUGGCGUGCAUGCUUCGGUCUCCUGUCAUUGGGAUACCGUCACAGACGGCGCACACGUCGUCAAGUGGCCAGGCGACAAACACAAAGACCACAACCGGAGCAUGUAUUGCAUUAUCACCGUCAGCGGCCUCAGCUUCUAA